GUUCGGAAACAAUCGUAUUUUUUCGUAUUAAUGCUAGGAUAUGACUUGUUCUUUCCGGAACAUACGAUUUACGUUCGCUAAAUGUGUGUCGGGUGCAUCGUAAAGAGAUAACACAGUUUUUAUUUAUUUUUUGCGAUUGUGCCUUUGAAUUUCACUAAUUGAAUUGAAGUUGGGAUAAGUUAUCAUUCGUUAAAUUUACUUGUUUUAUAAUGGAUCUUUGGCUUAAAACAGGUGUUUUGAAGAAAACAGCGAUUUCAGCUACAGAUGCAGAAAUGCAGGGAUCUAACUCCAACAGCAAUAUGGAAAAAGAAAAUAGGGAAAUAGCUCACACUGAAGACACAGAAUUGCAGAUAUUGAGAAAAUCCGAGUCUGUUGCGAGUGUACUAACAUCAGCUGAAGUAAUUGAUUGUCAAACAUCUGGUCCAUCAAAGAUGAGUAUUUGUGAGAGAAAAACUGCAAAACGAAAAACCAUGAUUCUUAUCUGGAUAUAG